AUGGCUGUGGAUCAACCGGAGACAGCGUCCGAGGAUGGUGGCCAACAGCCACCAGCUGGACCCCGACGCACUGCCAGCUACAAUGCCGAGGAGGGCACUCUGGACCAUCAGCAAGACGGUCUCAAUGCUCACACCAAAGUUCGAGACGAUGGUCGCGUGGACAUCACAAUCACCCAGACCGACAUUGAGAUGGCCAAACAGCUCGAGCAGAUCUCAUUGAGCCGGAUCCACGAAGAGCCCACCACGCCUCAAGGCCCACCACCUCCUUUCCUCGACGACAUAGGCAGACCGUUCAGACCACCACCGCCCCUCAACAUCGUGAUCCAGGUCGUUGGCUCACGAGGCGACGUACAACCCUUCGUUGCAUUGGGCCAGGUCCUCAAGCACCAGUACGGCCACCGCAUCCGGCUAGCAACGCACGGAACGUUCAAGAAGUUCGUCGAGGAGAAUGGGCUCGAAUUCUUCGACAUCGGUGGGGAUCCGGCUGAGCUGAUGGCGUUCAUGGUCAAGAACCCAGGUUUGAUCCCAGGCGUCAAGUCGCUGCGCGAAGGUGACGUGGGCAAACGACGUAAAGGAAUGGCCGAAAUCUUGGAAGGAUGUUGGAAAUCGUGCGCCGACGCAGAUGAAGUCCCUGCCGACGAAAGCGAAGAGCCAAACGGCAGGAGAGCGAAGCGGAAACCUUUCGUCGCCCACGCUAUCAUUGCCAACCCACCCAGUUUCGCUCAUAUACACUGUGCACAGAAGUUGGGCAUCCCUCUGCACUUGAUGUUCACUAUGCCGUGGUCGCCAACACGCGAGUUCCCGCAGCCCAUCGCGAACAUCCACACAUCAAAAAAUGCAAGCGGUCAACUCACGAACGAAAUGAGCUACACUCUCGUUGACAUGAUGACCUGGGAAGGACUAGGCGACAUCACCAACAAAUUCAGAAAGGAAACGUUAGGGCUAGGCUUAAUUUCUCAGGCUGCCGCGACAGACAUGCUAUGGCGACUGCGCGUACCAUAUACCUAUUGCUGGUCACCCGCACUCAUCCCCAAACCCAAAGACUGGGGUCCCAACAUCACAAUUUCAGGCUUCUACUUCCUCUCCCUUGCAUCUAACUACCAACCCGAUCCCGACCUUGCCGAGUUUCUCGCAGCAGGCCCGCCCCCAGUCUACAUCGGCUUCGGGUCUAUCGUGGUCGACGACCCGAACGGCAUGACGAAAAUGAUCUUCGAAGCCGUCCAAAAGACAGGCCAGCGAGCCCUCGUAUCCAAAGGGUGGGGCGGCCUCGGAGCCGAAGAUCUCGACAAACCCGAAGGUGUCUUCAUGCUCGGCAACUGCCCGCACGACUGGCUCUUCCAGCACGUAUCCUGCGUAGUCCACCACGGCGGCGCCGGCACAACAGCAGCCGGCAUCGCACUCGGCCGACCGACAGUCAUUGUCCCCUUCUUCGGCGACCAGCCCUUCUGGGGCGCGAUGGUCGCUCGUGCUGGCGCAGGCCCAACGCCCAUCCCCUUCAAGGAACUUACCGCCGACAAGCUGGCUGAUGCGAUCAACACAGCGCUUGAACCUUCUAGUCUGGAGCGCGCACGCGAAUUAGGCGACCGGAUCAAGGAAGAAAAAGGCACCGAAGUCGGCGCCGCCAGUUUCCACCAGCACAUGAACGUCGAUCGAAUGAGAUGUAUGCUUGCCCCGAACCGGCCAGCGGUAUGGUGGGUGAAGACCAAAGGUCACCCAGCCAGCGGUAUCCGAUUGAGCACAUUCGCCGCGACGGUUCUCAGUAACGAGGCCAUCUUGGACGCAAAUCAACUGCGUUUGUACCGCGCCUGCGAGUACGCCGUCGAAAUGGGU